CUUGAUUUCUUGUUUAUGUACGUGAUUUUCCCGAGUAUUUUUCAGAAACUGCAUGCAUCAUGAGUAAUGAAUUUACGCCGAUCGAUCAUAAAAACAACAGUGACCAUUGUAUUGUGUCGACGUUGAAGAAAAGGAAAUGUACAGACGAUGAUAAUAGCUACUUCAGGUCAUAUGCAGACAUCGAAAUACAUGAGGACAUGAUUGCAGAUAGUGUCCGUACAAGUGCUUACAGAACAGCCAUACUGAAGAACUACCGGCAACUCUACAAAAAAACGGUCAUCGAUGUUGGUGCAGGCACAGGUAUUCUGAGCAUUUUCUGUGUACAAGCGGGAGCAAAGCAUGUGUAUGCUGUUGAAGCAAGUGAUAUGGCGAGACAGAUAGAAAAGUUAGCUGCAGCCAAUAAUAUGCAGCACAGAAUCACUGUACUGCAUGGCAAGCUGGAGGACAUGAAUCUACCAGAAAGUGUUGACUGUAUCGUUUCUGAAUGGAUGGGCCACAGUUUGCUGUAUGAAUCUAUGCUGGAGUCUGUCCUGUACGCCCGUGACCACUGGCUUAAGCCAGGUGGAAUCAUCUUGCCUGACCAUGCACAGCUCUUCAUGGCACCAAUAGCUGAUGCAGAUCACUUGCCACCUAGGUUGAGCUUCUGGGACACGGUUCCACAGGAUAUGUACAAAAUCAACAUGGCCAGCAUGAGGACAUACGCAGAGCAGUGCUUAAUGUCAAGGCCACAUGUAAUGGAAGUACCAGGAUACUGGCUGCAAAGCCAUCCACAGAAACUCUGUGAUAUAGACCUCUACACCGUGACAACAGCUGACUUGAAGACUAUCGAAGCAAGCUUUGAGUUUUCCUGUUUUGGUAGCACAGACAUUAAUGGAUUUGUUGUCUGGUUCAGUGUAAGGUUUCCUGGACACAUUACAUUGAGCACAUCACCUUAUGACAGUGUCACUCAUUGGUGUCAGACUGUUUUGUACUGCCAGUCUAUGCCUGUAGAACAGGACAGCAAGGUGCAAGGACAUCUGGAGCUGAGACAAAGCCAAGCCAAUCACAGACAUUUGCAUAUAACGCUGAAGUACCGUGCAGAUGAUCAGUCAGAACUUGAGCAAGUUUAUUCAAUGGGUGGCGAUGGCUCAUAGACUGAGUGCACGCUUGUGCACCUAUAUUUGUUUAUGCUAAUUUUAUUCUGUGAUUACCCAGAAGUGAUGACGCAACAUCGUGAUAACAAACGCUACCUGGAAUGGAAUGUGGAUGCCACCACACAGCUGCU